CACUGAGCUGCAGCGUGGGCGUGUUUGCCUGAGUUUAUUUGGUUCUUUGGUGCAGAAGGAACAGCAUGGCAGGUGCUGAAGUGCAGCGGGUUAUUAUUUACGGGGGGAGAGGUGCCCUCGGUUCCAGAUGUGUCGAGUUCUUCAAGUCAAAAAGCUGGUGGGUUGCCUGUAUUGACCUGAGCGCUAACGAAGAGGCGAACGCGAACGUGAUUGUCAAACAAUCCGAGUCAUUUACGGAACAGGCGGACCAGGUGACUGCAGAUGUGUCCCAGUUGCUUGGAGGUGAGAAAGUGGACGCGAUCCUAUGUGUUGCCGGAGGAUGGGCUGGCGGCAGCGCCAAGGCUAAGGCUCUGUACAAAAAUGCCGAUCUGAUGUGGAAGCAAAGCGUGUGGACGUCCACCAUCUCCAGCCAUCUGGCCACCAAGCACCUGAAAGACGGGGGUUUGCUGACCUUAGCGGGAGCAAAAGCAGCACUGGCUGGCACUCCAGGCAUGCUGGGAUAUGGCAUGGCUAAGGCUGCCGUGCACCAGCUGUGCCAGAGUCUCGCCGGGGAGAAGAGUGGCCUCCCGCCGCGCGCCAGUGCUGUCGCCAUCCUGCCUGAGACCUUGGAUACGCCCAUGAACAGAAAAUCAAUGCCUGAUGCGGACUUUGGUUCCUGGACACCACUGGAUUUUGUGGCAGAAACCUUCCUCAAAUGGACAACAGGAGUGGACCGCCCGGUGUCGGGGAGCCUGGUGCAGCUCAUGACGUCUGGGGGCCAGACUGAGGCCAAGGUCGUGCAGCAGUGAGGAGAGCGCCCCCUAGCUACAGGCAGCGGCAGCAGCAGCCACACACUGCUCCAAUGUCCUGUCAGGAAUCCACCAUCUGUAGCCAGAAAAUACGGAGCCAAAGAAAGAGAAACUGUUUUUCUUUUUAACACUGUUCUUGUUUUUCACUUUCUGGUGAAGUGGCCUUACCUUGUGCUUGCACUGUCCUCAGCAGUAUUUGUGAGAAUGUCAGUUGAAUAUGAUGAUAAAAGUGUGAUUUGUCCUCUCAA